GCGGUGCAUGCUGGGACAGAGAGAGAAGGGAUAACGGGAAGCGGUGCAUGCUGGGACAGAGAGAAGGGAUAACGGGAGAAGUUACAAAGGAAGGGGCAGAGCGGUGGCUGAUGGGAGUUCUCAUUGUACAGAGCGGUGCAUGCCGGGAUAUGUAGUUUCAGGCUACGGACUGUUCUGGUGGAGAAUGGAGGAGAACUUCCUGUUCCUGGGCACCGUGGGCACCUACCCCUCUGCCCCGGGGAACAUGAUGAAGAGAGAACCAAGGGAAGAGAUGGGAGGCUGCAGCCAGGGGAUAAAGCGGGAGGUUCCAGACAUCUCCCCCGGUCUCUCAGAUGGCACCCCAAACAUUAUUGUAAAGAUUGAACCAGAUGGGGAGUCAUAUGGGUGGUCCCCAAAACUGAAUGGAGUGCAAGAGACAGCGGCAGAGCCAGGUAUCCAGCAGCAUUACAGGGCCAAUAUGGCGACCCCCAUGGAUGAGUCCCAGCAGCAUCACAGGGCCAAUAUGGCGGCCCCCAUGGAUGAGUCCCAGCAGCAAGCGGAGCGGGAGCGGCAGCGCAAGGCUCGCUUCUCGGAAGAGGAAAACGAUGUUCUGAUUAACAGUGUUAUGCCCCAUUAUGAUAAGCUCUUCGGCAAACUGGCAACCCGCACGUCCACCGCGGUGAAGAAUGCGCUGUGGCGGGAAAUUGCCUCUGCCGUGAAUGCCAUCUCUGCCUAUCCCAGGUCCUUGCAGAACUGUAAGAAACGCUAUGCCGACGUGAAGAGGAAAGUCAAGGAGAAGCUGUGCAAGGUGGCCAAACAGCGGCGGGCUACUGGCGGCACGGUGCCCCUCAACAUCUCCUUCUGGCCCUACGAGCGCAUUAUGGAGAAAAUCAUUUCUGCUGACGCGAUAGCCGCAGUCCCCGGCGCCACAGAUUCCGGCAGAAUGGCCGAUCCCACCGCAGCAGGUCCAUCAGACUUUGACGCUGAGUGUGAGUAUUUCCCUGAUAUCCAAGAUGAAAGUGGAUCUGCAAGGUCUGAGAUGGAGGACUCCCAGAUGCCCCUUCAUCAUUUCCCUGCAGAUAAAGAGGACCCCCGUAUAGUACACAUGGACGGAGGCAUCCCUGAUCCUCAAGAAGAAACACGCAUUGUUCAAGAGGAACCUUCGAGAGAGCGAGGGCAGAAUCCAUGUAGGAGUCUUCCAAACCCAAAGUCCAGAGAGCCGUGGAGCCCCAGGUAUCAUUCCAUGAGAGACCACACCACUCUAAUCUAUGCCGAGCAGAGUCAUUUCCGACGGACCAUGGCAAAGAAGUUAGAUAUUCUAAAUAGCAACGUUAAGGCACUAAACAAGAACGUAAAGGCCUUUCAGCAUUCCUUCAACCAAAGCAUCAUGGCCCUGUCCCAGUCCGUCCAACAGCAAAACUCGAUCUUCGAGAAGCUCUCCUCCAACCUUCUACUGAUGGCCCAACAACAGCAGCAACACAAUCAACUCUGCAUGAGUGCCAUCAAGCAAAUAUUCCAGAUCUUUCCAUCCUCUGCAGAGUCACUAUCAGUGCCCAACGCCGUGCCCAGCGAUGCCCCCAGUGAGAUACAGACACUAAAAGUCCCACAAGCACCAUGUGCCCAUAGACACGAGGCCACAGAACCUAGGAGGCCCUCAAGUCCAUCAGGAGAAGCAGCCAAGAGGAGGCGCCAUUAGAGCAUAUAGACGUUGUUAGAAUAUCAAGCAUUCCACAACUAACUAGUCAAAUCUAAGCACUAACUAGUUCUGGUUUCAGACAGGUAACCUAUUUUAUAAAGAAUUUUGUACGUAUAUAAUGCAAGCAGUGUUGGGCGGGGCCUCUUCUCACAAUCAUUAGAAAAUAAAUGGUAUGGAUAGUG